UUCUGGCAAGAACGGAUGGACAUGGCCUGGCCCAUGACACAGUUGCUGCUUCUGGCUUUGGUGGCUGCUGUGGGGGGUGCCCAGCCCAGGACUCCAGGGGCUGGGAUGGACCUGCUCAACGUCUGCAUGGAUGCCAAGCACCAUAAGACAAAGCCAGGCCCCAAGGACAAGCUGCAUGGCCAGUGCACUCCCUGGAAGGAGGCCUGCUGCUCAGCCAGCACCAGCCAGGAGCUGCACAAGAACAUCUCCCUCCUGUACAACUUCACCUUGGACCACUGAGGCAAGAUGGAGCCUGCCUGCAAGCGCCACUUCAUCCAGGACAACUGUCUCUAUGAGUGCUCACCCAACCUGGGGCCCUGGAUCCAGGAGGUGAACCAGAGCUGGCGCAAGGAGCGUUUCCUGCACGUGCCCCUGUGCAAAGAGGACUGCCAGCGAUGGUGGGAGGACUGUCGCACCUCCUACACCUGCAAGAGCAACUGGCACAGGGGCUGGAAAUGGACCUCAGGAAUUAACCAGUGUCCAACCGGGACCACCUGCCGCACAUUUGAGACCUACUUUCCCACGCCUGCAGCCCUGUGUGAGGGCCUCUGGAGUCACUCCUACAAACUCAGCAACUACAGCCGAGGGAGCGGCCGCUGCAUCCAGAUGUGGUUCGACCCGGCCCAGGGCAACCCCAAUGAGGAGGUGGCGAGGUUCUGUGCCCAGGCCAGGAGUGCCAGGGCCCUGCCCCGAGGGCUGGAGCCUCUCCUGCUCAGCCUGGCCCUGAUGCAGCAACUCUGGCUGCUCGGCUGAGCCCCUCCCACUGCACACCUUCCUAGUCUGCACCUGGCCCAGCCCGGGUGACCUGGCCUCAGCUGAGCGCAGCACUCUCAGAUGAGGGGACCUCACAAUGCCCUGGUCAUUGGUUCUUGAUCCAACAUGGGUCAUAUGGGGUUCCUCUGACAGCCUAUUUUAAUAGAUCCAUGUGUAUCUUGUGUCUUGUAAAUAAUUUGG